AUGAAAUUCUCAUCAACUAUUGCUCCAAUUGCUUUAUCAUCAAUUGUUAUUGCUCAAUCAACUUCAACCGCUGUUGUUAAUGAAAACCAAACCACUUUAGAAACAAUCACCUCAUGUUCCCAUGAAGCUUGUACAGCUACAACUUCAAAAGCCAUUGCUACUGAAACUGCUACUGAAACUGGUUCAGAUGAUAUUGUUUAUGCUACCACCACUGUUGAUUCAUCAUCAUCUCCAGCUGGUCCAUCAGAUUCAUCAUUAACCAGAACUGAUGCUUCAACUUCAACUGCUCCAACUUUAGCUGGUGCUUCAUCAGUUGCUUCAUCAGCUUCAUCAGAUGAUGUUACCUAUGUUGAUGAAACUACAACUCCAACUGUUACAAAAUCAACUUUAGCUUCAACUGAUGUUACUACAACUCCAACUUUAUAUACUACUUACAACUCUGGUAAUUAUUCAAAUGGUUCAGGUCAAAGUUCAAUUGCUCAAGUUUCUUCAUAUGAAGGUAGUGCUAACUUAGUUAAAGGUGGUGUCUUAGGUGGUGUUUUAGCUGUUGGUGUUGCUUUAUUACUAUGA